GUGCCCACCCACUGGCUUUUUACCAGCUGCACGUGCCCACCCACUGGCUUUUUAGUUACCAUCUUCAUCCAAAAUGGCUGCUCAAAAUUGAGUGUUUAUAUUUUGAUAAUAAAAAAUUUCAAACACUUACCUCUCAUUUCUUCUUUUCUCUUUCAAGGUAUAUACAACUCAAGAGUACCUAAGAAACAUUUUUCCACACACACACACACAGAGAUAUAUAUCCUCAAGCACAUUAAUUCAAGCCUUCAAGCACAAAAAUGGUAACCAUUGUGGCUUCUUACAAUGUCACUCCAAAUCAACCAACUCCCAAGGAUCCUUUAUGGCUAUCCGAUAGUGACCUAAUCGGCAACCUAGGUCACAUAUCCGUCAUCUAUAUUUACAAAGCUAAACACAACACCGACACCAUUGAGAGGUUGAGGAAUUCGCUUAGCAAGAUUUUGGUCUACUUCUAUCCCGUAGCUGGCAGGUUGAACUUGACAAAAAGUGGUCGAAUAGAAGUGGAUUGUAAUGCAAAAGGGGUGAGAUUGCUUGAAGCUGAAACCACAAAAACAUUUGGUGAUUAUGGAGAUUUUUCACCCUCCGAGUCCACCGAGGAACUUGUUCCAAAAGUUGAUAAUACUCAACCCAGAGAGGAAAUUCCCCUGCUGCUACUUCAAUUAACAAGGUUCCUUGGUGGUGAUGAAGGCCUUGCCAUUGGAGUUACUUUCGCUCAUCCUUUGAUUGAUGCCACCGGCCUCGUUCACUUCAUCAAUAGUUGGGCAAAGCUGGCUCGAGGAGAAGCACUAGAGCCUAAUGAAAUGCCUUUGCUCAAUCGAACAAUACUCAAAUUCCAACACCAGCCAUCAUCCUCACAAGUCCUUGGUUCGAGUGAAACCGAGUUCGAUCCACAUAAGCAAGAUCUCGAGAAGCCUAUAGCACAAACACCGUUGGGAGUAGAGCGAAAGAAGGUAAGUGCUACAAUCUUGAAACUCACAUCAAGCCACCUGGAGAGGCUAAAGAAGAAGGCUAAUGAUCAACCUUCAAAAGAAGGGUCAAGACCUUAUACCAGAUUUGAAGUUGUUGCUGCUCAUAUAUGGAGAUGUGCAUCCAAGGCUCGUGAAUCUGGUGAGAACCACCCAACCCUAGUUACUUUUAGUGUUAAUUUUCGCAAUAGAUUGAAUCCUCCUCUCCCUCAGAAUUAUUUUGGGAAUGCUCUGGCAAAAGUAGUGACACCCGAAUGUUAUGAGGGAGAUAUCAUAUCAAACCCAUUAGGUUUUGCUGCUCAAAAGAUAAGGGAAGCAGCUCAAAUGGUUACGGAUGAGUCUAUAAGGUCACAACUACAUGCUAGUUUAGGCCAAGGGCAACUGAAUCACAUAAGGGCUUUUUUCACGGGACAUGCACACAGUAUUAAUAUUCCUUUUGAUGUGAAUCAUAGCAUUUUCCUCACAAGCUGGAUGAACAUGCCAGUGUAUGAAUCAGAUUUUGGUUGGGAAAAGCCUUUGCAUUUUGGUAUAGUAAGUCGGGCUCAAGUAGAUAGGGCAACCAUUCUUCCAAGCCCUGAUGGGGAUGGUGUUGUUAUCACUAUAUUUUUCCAGACAGCACUUAUGGAGCUUUUCUUAAAGUUCUUCUUCGAGGAUAUGGAUAAUAUGGAGAUAUGAAAUAUCCUGUGUUUGGGAUAUGCUUUUGAACAUUUCAAAUUCUGUUUUGUUGUUUUUUAGAGUUGGUAAUGUUAAUAUUUAUUUUAAGAAUAAAGGACAUGAUCUUGGUGAUCUGUUAUGUGAGUAAGGGAAAUACUUGUUUUUAUAUAUAGGAACCCUACGUUAUGUAGUACCGCUAAUAAUUUCAUGUCUAGACUGUUAUUUAAAUCUA